CAAAAGGUUUAUGAGCGUAAUAUUGUAAGAACAGGUAUUAUGUCUCGACAUUUAUUGGUGUUUAUUUUGUUGGUUUUCACCUAUAAUGUUUCAUGUAUCACCAUUGAUUUGGAAUCAGCCCAAGCAGUGAGAAAUGUUAGUUCAAAGUUUGUUGGGGUAACUCUAGAUGCUGGUCUUAUUGCGAAAAGAUGGAAAACUUUUAAUUUUACAUCUCAGAAAGUGCUGACGUUAGCCAAAGGAAUGUCUCCAUCUUAUCUCCGUAUUGGUGGCACAGCGGGCGAUCGGAUGAUAUUUAACAUGACCCACGAUCAGAGAAAUUCACCGAAUCACCGACAUUAUGCGAUGAAAGUUGCUGAUUGGGAUAACUUGAAUCAUUUGGUUAUGAAUGCUGGAUUGGAUCUGAUUUUUAAUUUCAACGUAUUGCUACGUAAAAAUGGUAACUGGGAUCCAACCAAUGCUAAAGAACUGUUAGAAUAUACCGUAAAACAGGGUUAUAAACCAGCUGGUUACGAAUUAGGAAAUGAACCAAAUUAUUUUCGCGGUGCCGUAUCAGAAAAACAGUUGGCGAAAGAUUUUGCUGCAUUAAAAAAUAUCGUAUCGUCUAGUGGUGUACCGCCAUUUUUAACAAUUGGACCGGAUGUUGGUGGCAUGUUACCUGGUAGCAAGGCACCGACCUUCCUUAAAAAUUUUUUAGAGGCUGGUGGAGGUGAUGUAGUUGACGUUGUUACAGUGCACCAGUAUUAUUCGACUGGUCGGAAUGUGACGCUAAAAGAUUUUACCGACAGAAAAGUUUUAGAUACAUUUAUACCGGAAGUUGACUUGUUUGUCAAAACUUGUAACGAGAAGGCUCCUAAUAAACAAUGCUGGUUGGGUGAAACGUCAUCGUUUAGUCAUGGAGGGGCUCCACAUAUAUCAGAUAGAUAUGUCGCGGGAUUCUUGUGGUUAGAUAAGCUUGGAUUAUCAGCUUUACGUGGAUUACAGGGUGUUUUACGACAACAGUUUUAUGGCGGUAAUUAUGCCUUACUAGACACAAACCUCAAUCCUAAUCCCGACUACUGGUUAACAUUGAUAUAUAAAAGACUGGUUGGUAGUCCCGUUUUCGAUGUAACUCAAACUACAGACCAUAAUGUUCGAGUCUACGCUCAUUGUACAAAUGUUAGCAGUAGUAUAGGUUAUAAACCAGGCAGUAUAACGGUAUAUAUAAUGAAUAUUGGAAGUGUAACAGUAUCUGUUGAUAUACCAUUUAGUUCAAGUAAAACACAACAAAGAUAUAUUUUAUCACCUGGAGAUGAUAAUGGUUUAACCUCACAAUUUGUAAAACUGAAUGGAAAUGUUCUGAUGUUACCAAAUGAUAAUUCGUUACCUCCCUUGAUACCUGUUUUCAGCAACGAUACCCUUCAGCUUAAAGCGUAUAAUAUGGGAUUCGUUGUUAUACCAGAUGCCAUGAAAGCAGAGUGUAUGCAGACAUGA